AUGGGGUUUGGUGGUACUUGGAGAUCUUGGAUUAGGAAUUGUUUAACAUACUCAAAGUUCUCGGUUCUUGUUAAUGGAUCGUCUUAUGGUUACUUUAGUAGUGAGAAGGGAUUACGUCAAGGAGAUCCACUUUCUCCUUUUCUUUUUACUAUUUUUGAACAAGUUGAUGCUCUUCGUUACCUACUUCUUUGUUUCGAGCUAACUUCGGGAUUGAAGAUAAAUUUCUCUAAAAGUAGCUUAUUUGGGGUCGGGUUCGAAGAGGGAAUUGAAAAUUUUGCUAACAUGUUAGGAUACAAGUUUGUUAGUUUCCCUAGUAUCUAUCUUGGUCUUCCUUUGGGAGACAAAGUGGGAGGAAUACAAAAAUGGGAAGAGAUGCUUGAAACUUGUGCGAAAAGAGUUGCUUCUUGGAAUGGGAAAACAAUAACAAGACGAGUGGUGAGAGAUUUCUUAUGGGAUGAUGCUCCUAAUAAGAAAAGAAUUCAUGAUAUUCGUUGGAAAAUUGCUAGAAAACCAAAGAAAAAAGGUGGUCUUGGUAUUCGGAGAACUAAGCAAGUGAACUCGACAUUGCUAAAGAAAUGGUGGUGGCAUUUUGGUUUGGAGAAAGAUGCAUUGUGGAGGAAGAUUGUUGUUGAGAAAUUUGGUGAAACCUUUACCUGUUGGGAAACUCUCAAACCCAAAUGA